AUGCCUCUGCAUAAACCAACGAAAACGAGCACUAACAACUCCAUCUCGGACGCCGCCAUGGAUUUGCCUCGACAUCCCAAUGAUACUGUGCAUCCAUUCCAAGUGCAGCAGCAGCAGCAGCAGCAGCAGCAGCAGCAGCAGCAACCAAAAGACAAGAAGAGACAUUUGUUUCGAUUUGGUCGAAAAAAGAGUCGGUCAGACAUGGGAUCCUCUUUAUUUGGCCCUUCAUCAGCGAGCUCGCUCAACAUUGUAUCCACCGCAAACGACGCAUCCUCCAUAGUGACAGCCCGUAAAAAAUCCAAAGAUUACGAAAACAGCAUAUACAGUUAUAAUCAAAAUGAGCUGCUCGGUACAGAAGACAUGAUGAAAACCAAUAUAGGAGGUGAGAGGAAGAAAUCAGGUAGUUCCAGCAAUUCAAAAGGAAAAGAGCGAGAAAAGUCGGAAGGAAGCAUCUAUUUUUUGACAGACGAAUCUAGACAGGACAAGAACCUGGAAUUAGAUCAAAACUUCCAAUCGAUGGACGGCAUCAUCAAUCCAGAGUAUAGACAUGGUAACAACCCUGCAAGAACAUCCUUUUCUCAGCAAGGAGGAGCAAUGCCACAGAUGACAGACCACAACGCAGAACAGCACUGGGCACCACCCGAUAGCUGGGCAGUACAGCCUGCAGUAGAUGAAGUAGUGGAUGAUAUCCAAACACCUGCCCUUGUCUAUUCCAAAAACGAACCAAACGACUACUUUCCGCCCGUCGUCGAGCACGAAAACUGGAAUGUGCCCAGCAAAAACUACUGCAUUCGCAUCUUUCGUCCAGACGGCACCUUUGGCACACUGAUUGCACCACUCAACACAACCACGCAUGAUUUGAUUCAACGGCUCGCUGGAAAAUUCUUUUUACACGAUCUCAGUAAAUAUAGACUCAGUUUAAUUAUGCAUAAUCAUGAACGUAUCCUACAGUUGAAUGAACACCCUAUUCAGAUUCAAAAGACACUGUUGGAGCAGAUUGGAUAUACGGAAGAAGACAAGAUUGAAGAUGUUGGCAGAGAGGACAACUCGUACUUGUAUCGAUUCUCGUUUGGACCCAACGUGCCACAGACGAUACACGAGGAGGACGAGUUUGGCGCCUACAGACGAGUAGAUCUCCAGGGAAAGAAUCUGUCGACGAUUCCUAUUGUGCUAUACAAGUACGCGGCACGCAUUGCAUCGUUGGAUUUGUCAAAGAAUCUGCUGAUGGAAAUACCCGUAGAUUUCCUGCAAAUGUGCAAAAACCUCAAGCAACUGUGGCUCACCAACAACGACUAUUAUGGAUUACCACUGUCGAUUCGAUUUAUUCCCAACCUGGAGCACUUGAACAUCUCUGGCAACCACAUUCGCGACUUGCAACUGGCGAGGCUGGAAGAUUUGAUCACGCUGAGAACACUAAGAGCGUACAACAAUCGACUCGAGACACUGCCCAGCUCAUUUGCCACCUUCAAGCAUCUCACCAUUCUGUUUAUAUCCAACAAUUCAUUCACCAAAUUCCCCCAAGUUAUUUGCCAAAUAGCCAGUUUAGCCUACUUGGAUAUCAGCUUCAACAAGAUUACCUCAUUUCCUGAUGAAAUAUGUAACUUGACACAGCUGGUAGGUCUGUUUGCCACAGCCAAUCGUCUGACUGGUCGGUUACCGCCUAGUUUCUCCAAGCUGGAAAAGUUGCAGGAACUGGAUUUGAGACAGAAUCAGAUUACCGACUUGGAUGAGCUGUAUCUGUUGCCCAAACUAGAGGUGAUUUCCAUGGACUACAAUGCCAUCAGCGUGGUCAAUUACAAUUUUCAAGGCUUGAAGCAGCUGAAAAUGUCGAAAAACCACCUGACGCAGUUCAACCUGCAUCCUUACCACGUGCGUAAUCCAGACGGCACCUUAAAGAAUCACCGUUGUUUGCUGACAGACCUCAACUUGGCCAACUGUAAAUUGUCCUCGCUGCCUGACGAUUUGUUUAUCAGUGCCGUCUCUUUGGAGCACUUGAUUUUAGACAACAACACGCUCAGUAUUUUGCCCAGCAGUGUGGGAUCCUUGACCAAAUUACUGCGACUCUCUGUGCAAGGCAAUAAUCUGGAAGCACUGCCGUCCGAGAUUUCACGUUUGGUCGAGCUCAAGGUACUGGACGCUCAAAAGAAUAAUCUCAAGUUUUUGCCCAAGGAAAUCUGGCUCUGUGUCUCGUUGCAGACACUCAACUGCUCCUCCAACUUGCUCGAGACCUUCCCUGAGCCCUAUUCUGCUCCCAGCAUUAGCUCUACAUCGACCUCAUCUUCAUCCAAUGUGCCUUCUUCAACGACACAACAAGAAGAAGCAGCAGAAUCACCUGUACAGUCAACGACUACUACCACGCAUCAAGAUACCACCACACAACAUAUCACCACUACAAAUGACACUACGAGUGGUGAUAACAAUAUCCCUGCCAACUUGCUAUCCAGCGGAUUCCAUCCACCUCCUAAUUUCAAUCCACCCUCGUUCUUUGCCAGCCCUCGAAAUCACCCUCCUCCUUUAUCACUCUCACUGCGCAACCUGUUUUUGGGCGAUAAUCGAUUUACUGACGACAUUUGGUCACCACUAUCGCUGUUUCUGGAAUUACGCACACUGAACCUAUGCUUCAACGACCUCUAUGAAAUUCCACCAGAGGGUCUCUGCCAUCAACAUUUAUACGAGCUUUACCUGUCUGGUAACCAUCUGGCAUCGUUGCCUGCAGACGACAUUGAAAAGUUGAGUUAUCUGCGUGUGCUCGCUGUCAAUGGCAAUAAGCUGCAGACAUUGCCUGCUGAAAUUGGUAAAUUACGUAAACUCCUGGUGCUGGAUGUAGGCAACAAUGUGCUCAAGUACAAUAUCUCCAAUUGGCCUUAUGACUGGAACUGGAACUGGAAUUUGGGUCUCAAGUACCUCAAUUUGUCAGGCAACAAACGUCUCGAGAUCAAAAAGACGCAUCCCGAAAUGCAGAAUCCAAAGGAAAAGAACCUGUCUGACUUUAGUGCCUUGUUGCGAUUACGCAUGUUGGGUCUGAUGGAUGUCACUAUCCUCGGUGUAUCCACGCCGGAAGAAUUCCAUGAUCGUCGUGUGCGCACAUCUCCCUCUGAAGUCAAUAGCAUGUCGUACGGUGUGGCUGAUUGGCUAGGCCCCAGCGAUCAUUUAGCUACCUGGGAUCUGGUCAUGCCUCGCUUUAGAAAUAAGGAUGAUGAGUGUCUGUUUGGUUUGUUUGAUGGCCGCAAGCAUAACAAAACCGGCUGUAGAUUGACGCGUUUCUUGAACGACAACUUGACAUACCAUCUGUCCAACGAAUUGGAAAAGAACAAGAAUGACGAUACCAUUGUAUCUGCCCUAAGACGCACAUUUUUGGCGCUGGAAAAGGAGUUUGGCUCCAUGGAUACCGCUGACAAGGACCUGGGUGCCUCUGCUCUGUUGUGCUAUAUAUCAGGUACCAAGCUGUAUGUGGCUAAUGUGGGUGAUGCGCUUGCUGUCUUGUCUCGCAAUAACGGUCAGGCACAUGAGAUUACGCAAAAGCACAUUCCUCUCAAUCCGAGCGAAAUUUCUCGCAUUCGAGCUGCCGGCGGCUACGUCUCUAAUACUGGUCUUUUGAACGACGAAUUGAACGUGUCGCGUAGUUUUGGCUAUUAUCAUUUGAUCCCCGUGGUGAAUGCUAAUCCCUUUAUAUCAACAAUCAAUCUGGCCGAAAAUGACGAGUUUGUAAUCAUGGCUUCUCGUGGCCUAUGGGAUCGUAUUUCUUACCAGACAGCUGUGGACAUUGCUCGCACUGAAAAGGAUGACUUGAUGGUGGCGGCACAAAAGCUGCGUGAUUUUGCCUUGACUUAUGGUGCGGAUGACAAUGUGAUGGUGAUGAUUAUUGGCGUCAAUGAUCUGUUUGACAAGCGUGAUAAGCGAUUCCGUAAUUUGCGAGGCAUGAACUUGGGCUCAAGUCGAGUAGGUGGCACUGUGGACCCUUCCUUGUUGAUGGAUGAUCCUAUUGGUACACCAGGCAUGAUGGUCAAGAACAAGCGUCGUAUCAAAGACGAGUCUCCUAGCGACACCAUCCUUGCUCGUCUGGAUCGCGAGGUGCCUCCCCCCACAAAUCAGGUGGCACUGGUCUUUACAGAUAUCAAGAGCUCCACACUGUUGUGGGAUACGCAGCCAGAGGACAUGCGAUCGGCCAUCAAGAUCCACGAUGCUGUUAUGCGACGUACACUGAGAAGCAUUGGCGGCUACGAGGUAAAGACAGAAGGUGAUGCCUUCAUGGUGUGUUUCCAGGACACCAUUGCUGCUUUGCUAUGGUGCUUUACUGUGCAGCUCCAGCUGUUGGAAGCGGACUGGCCAGCUGGUAUCUUGGAGACAGAGGAAGGAAGAGAGAUACAAAAGGACAACAAGGUCAUUUACCGUGGUCUGUCUGUGCGUAUGGGUAUUCAUCUUGGCACACCAGUAUAUGAGCGCAACCCCAUCACCAAACGUAUGGAUUACUUUGGCCCUGUGGUGAACAAAGCAAGUCGUAUCUGUAAUGCUGCUGAUGGUGGUCAGAUAUGUGUAUCCUCUGAUGUGAUUGCUGCUCUUCGCGAAAUGCCAGGUGUCUUUGGCGAUGACAAGUCUAGCUCUGCAGAAGCAUCUGAUGUCGCUACUGCCACGCAUUCCCUUGGUAGAGAUAUUCAACAGAUCAAGCGGCUUGGCUUCCACGUAGUCGAGAUGGGAGAGAGACGUCUUAAAGGUCUGGAAACGCCAGAGAUGCUUUGUUUAGUGUAUCCCAAGCAAUUGGCGGGUCGUAUGGAGAUGGAAAAGAACGAAGUGUUGGCUACCCCAUCACCCAUCAUUUCUACACCGACACCACUUGGAGAGCAUCCCUCUGAGCAAUCGUCCUUGUAUAACGGUGGUUUGACGGCUGAAAAUUCACCUCAUCUUUCAGCGCAACAACGAAACGACAGCUAUGCCAGCGCAAGCGAUGUUGCCAGCCCCUACAGCCAGCAGCACCAACAUUUACAACUGCAACCACAACUAUCACAACCCCUUUUCUCGCCUACUAGACAUCCUAAUAACCGUCAAAUUGAUCCAACAUUGGUAGUUUCGUUGAGCAAUCUAGCCAUUCGCUUGGAAUCCAUCACUACUGGUACAGUGUUGAGCUCAGCAGACAACAGCAUAUAUGCUCGUAUGAAUAUACCCACAGAAUUGCUUGGCAUGGACAAUAGCAAUAUGAUUGCUAACUCUUAUUAUUCACAAGCAUUCAAUAAGCGUAUGCAAGAAGUUGCUUCCGACGAAGAGUUGAUGAUGUUGAUGGAAAAUUUUGUCACUCGAAUUGAGAAUGCUGCUUCGUCGUUGUAUCUAAAGAAAAUGGGCAAUUUUGCUGGUGUGUUGGAAAAAUUAGGUGAAGCUAUUGAGCUGGAUCCCAUGCACAUUUUGAGAGCACUUCAAAUAUACUCUGAAGUGGCUGAUUUGACGAGCAAACCCGCAGGGCUAUAG